UGUGCAGCCCUGGUUAGCGUAGAAGUUCCAUCAUUUGCAUGUUUAGGCGCUUUAUUGUUGCGCGCAUAAAAUGUAUUUAAUUAUAUAAUUAUAUAAACACGCUACGAAAACUCAGCUCGGCAGCACGGUAAUGGCAUCUAUUGAUACUAGCAAGCGCAAGCCUCGACGCACACAAGGAACACCUUCCUUCCAUUAUCGCAAUCGUUUUGCCUACGCGUUUCUGGCAGCCGGCACAUUGCUUUUCGGGCUUUGGACUCUGACGCCCAUGCAGCGCAUAGCCAACGAAAGGUUGCUCAAGGUACUCACACCCACCGACCUGGAGAAGGAGCGUAAGGCCUUGUUCGACUUUGCUGCGCCACGUCCUAGCCAGUUCAUCCGAGAGGCCAUCGAGGAGGCCGAGCAUUUACGCACGGAACGUUAACAAGAUAAUAGAAAUAAGUAGCAAAAACACAAAAUGGACAGAGAAACUCGACGAGCAAACUUUCAAAAACUCCAAACCGCGAACUCCAAGCAGCGGUAGGUCGGCCAAUGAAACUUUUAUUAGUUGUGCUUCAGUUUACUAAUAAAAUGUUCUAGUCAUACUAAA